AUGAUUAAAAGUGAAGAAGUGUCCGAAUUGAAUAGCCGCACAUUGAUGAGUGUAGAUCAAUUGAGUGGAUUUUUGCCACCAACUAUAUAUAAUCAUGCCUAUACCCAUCAGCAUCCAGCCCAUAAUACGCACUUGUAUCGCACCACAUCGAAUCAUUUGACCAAUGGCAAUUAUCAGACCACCCACAUGGGUGGUGGGGGUGCUCCUUCAGUUGGUGGUGAAUCGCCAACCACAGAGAUGGUCGAUGAGAAACCAAAUAUUAGCUAUAUGGAGCGUAAAUAUUAUAUGAAUACAACGAUUGGUGGUGCGCCAACAGCAACACCACAACCAUAUGAUUUGCAUAGUAUGGGAACACCGCCGGCUUCAUCGUCCAGUCCGAUACCAUCGUAUGGUGUAUUAAUGACAGCCUCUGCGGCUGCCCAUUCGGCUGGUUCCAUGUCACCAUCCAAUUCCCAUCCAUCGAAAACGCCCACCGAUCAGGAAUUGCAUUAUGUUAGUUCCACAUCGGUGAAACCGUUGCAAUUGCAACCGAUGAACCAUCAAUAUGCAUCGACAAUCAAAUAUUGUUCGAAUAAUACCAUUUUGAAUGCCAAUGAUUAUCAGCUAUUGGCCAGUCAUCAACAGCAACAACAGCAACAACAUCAUCAUCAUCAGCAACAACAACAACAACCUUCACCAAAUAGUGCAUACUUUCCACGCAUCACCUCAUCACCCUCUCAAGUCAUUAGCAAUGCUCACGGUGGCAUUCCAGUGAUGAACUAUUCCAGUUCUAGCUCAUCACCUGCCAAAUCUUUGAAUGGCUCCGAUCAUCAUCAUUCACCAUCGUCCUUAACUCAGCCAGCAGUUAGUCAAACAACAUCACAGAAAACAAAUGUCACUGCGGUCACUGCGGCAACAACAACAACAACAGGAUCAAGUGUGACAACCACCAAUCAGGAUAAUCAUAAUGGUACACCCGAUACGACCAAAAAAUCGGGAACUCGUCGUCCCGAAAAGCCGGCAUUAAGCUAUAUAAAUAUGAUUGGACAUGCCAUUAAGGAAUCGCCCUCAGGCAAGCUAACACUUAGCGAAAUCUACGCAUAUUUAAUGAAGAGCUAUGAGUUCUUUCGCGGACCCUAUGUGGGCUGGAAGAAUUCGGUGCGGCAUAAUCUCAGUCUGAACGAGUGCUUCAAGAAACUGCCCAAGGGCAUGGGUGUGGGCAAGCCGGGCAAGGGCAAUUAUUGGACAAUCGAUGAGAAUUCGGCCCAUCUAUUCGAGGACGAGGGCAGCCUGAGACGCCGGCCCAGAGGAUAUCGCUCCAAAAUCAAGGUCAAGACAUAUCCCGGCCAUGGUAAUGGCUACUAUACAGGCAGCUAUGGUGAUGCCAGCAUGGAUAAUGGCAACUUGUAUGGCCCUACCUAUGCCAGCUAUGAUUAUGGAUCUUCAGCUGCUGCUGCUGUCAAUGGUCUGUCACCGGGUGGACCUCAAGGAUUUGAAGCCUGGAAUGUCCAUGCGGCCCACAGUGGACCACCGGCUGUGGGUGUUGGCGGUUUGCCGCAAUAUUCGAAUAUCACUUGCCUGACGGCGGGCAACAAUCUGAAUGGCUCAUCACCCACUCCGCCUCUGGCUCAUUCCUCGUUGGGCAUGGCCCCAACAGCAUCGGUAUCUGUGGCCUCAAGUUCCCCGGCAUCGGCGGGGCUUCAAAGUGAUUAUGGGUCAGCCGCCAGUCUCGUGGCUGCCGGCUAUUCCUAUUCAACAAGUGUCAGUGGCUUGGAUAACGGUCUUCGGUCCAUGUCGCUGCAGCAGUUGCCGCAUUUAUCCACCAUCCAACAGGCUCAGUCACUGCAUCAUCAUCAUCAUUCGCAUUCGCAUUCACAUUCACAUACUCAUGCCCAUCAUCAUGGCUCCAUGACACCGCCGCCAUCGCAGUCGGGCCAUCAGGUGAUCGAGCAUUCGCCAAUUGAUUUCAAGCCGCCUUACCUGUCGCUGACUCCGCCUCCUACCACAAUUGUGGUCAAUGGGAGUGCCGGCAGUGGCGGCGGCGGCGGCGGCUACUAUGAGACAAUCAAACAGUCCAAUUAGCAUCAAACAGGUCUAAUUGGAAGCUAAACUACUAUAAUAUCUACAUGUCUAUGUUACUUUCAUAAUUACCUCAAAGGAUAAUUUUUUUCUUUUUUUUAAUAGUACUUAAUUAUAGAAUUUAAGUAGUUGGAGACAAGCAAAAAGAGAGA